CAGCUUGUUCCUCCGAAUAUAAGGUUGAGAAAAGGACUUUGUUGCACUGGAAGGUAGCAGACGCUACUGUUCUGAUGCGGGACUGAAAUCGCAAUGCUACGUGCAUUUGAUGCCAGGCCAUAUCCAUAGUAGCAGCAGAAGCACGCUAAAAGAAAAAGAAACCCACCAAGAGAAUCUCGGAAAGCAGAGACAGCAACAAUGGCGACGCUAGGAGGUAUUCGUGAAGCCGAAGGAUCGGCCAACAGCCUGGAGAUCGACGAGCUAGCACGUUUCGCCGUCGAUGAACACAACAAGAAACAGAAUGCGCUGCUGGAGUUCCACAGUGUUGUCAAGACAAAGCAGCAGGUGGUGUCCGGCACGAUGCACCAUAUUACCUUGGAAGCAACUGAGGGCGGGGAGAAGAAGGCCUAUGAAGCUAAGGUGUGGGUGAAGCCAUGGAUGAACUUCAAGGAGCUCCAGCACUUCAAACCUGUCGGCGAUGCCUAGUCAGGUGACUUAAGAAAACUGAAGACUGCAUAAAGAUGUGCUCAGCCUACUGUAAGUACAAGCUGAUGCUAUAAUAAAAGAGGAUCUGUAAUGACUCCCGGUACAUUUCUAUCACUUUCUCAUGGAUUUGCUGUAUUGUAAUGCCUUCUUCCCCACGGUAACUUAACCUGGGCGACUAUUUUCACUGUAACCAAGUCAUACCCCCGGUUACAGAAAAUACCUACUUGUGAAUUGUGAUGGUAUAUUGGUAAUUUGACAUUCACAUGUUUUCCCCUUUUGCCCUCUUAUUCGUGCUUUGCUCUUUAUGGGUUUCCUUUUCGAGCGACUUAAGUUAAGUGAAGCCUGGUGGCCCAAUUCGAGCGGAGGGGCCCGUUGUAACUCGUAGCGAUCGAAAGCCCACAAGCAACCCUUUUCGUUUGGGCUUACAUAAAAAAAGGAAGGUCCAAUAUAUUUUAUUCCCCUUUUGUUUUCCGCGACCUAGAAGGAGAAGGAGAUCCGAAUUCCGAACUCCGAAGUUAACACGGCUUCUUAUUCUUCUUAUUUCCGGUUCCCAAACGGAAAAGGGUUUGAUCGGCCGC